UCCUCGGCUCUGGCCGGCACAGCCGGCUCCUUCGCACGGACGCUGAGACCUCCGGCGAGCCCUGGGCCAAGCCCCAAACGCAACUGCGAUCCCAGGCUCCAACAAGACAUGGCCCUCAAGCCAAGUUUGCCCCGGAAAAUCGUCAGGGCUGGCCCCGGGAACUGUGUCCACCCCAUCUCGCCCAUUUGGGGCAGUGAGAGCCAGCACAGGGCAGCCGCUGGCAUUUAGGGGCCUCCCAGGGAAACCAGGAUCACCCUGUCCUUGGCUGCCAGGGAAGCUGGGCUGCCCCUGCCUCUCUGCCCCCCUGCAGUCCCUUCUUACAGCUGCCCGGUGAUCCUUUUAAAAUAUAAAUCCCUCCCUUGCUCAGAAGCCUGGAAUAACUCCUCCCUGCAGGUCUGGCCCCCUGCUAACCUCCCAGACCUCAUUUCCUACCACCCCUGCCCCCCCAGUAUCUUUGCACUUGCCGCUCCCACUGCCUAGACACUCUCUUUUGUAUAUUUUCAUGGCUACUUCUUUCACUUUAUUCACAUCUCAGCUCAAAUGCCACCUCCCCAGACAGGCCUCUUGGGCCAUUUAGCUGCCACCCCUGAUUCGUGCUUUAUUUUCUCCCUUACUUGUUCUCCUAGACAUUUAUUUGUUCUUUUUCUUACUGCUCCCUUGGAUUCAAGGCCCAAAAGGGCAUGAAUUUUGGGUAUCUUGGUCACCAUUGUGCCCUCAGGUCCUGGCACACUGUAGGUGCUCCUUGAAUGAAUGAAUGAACGAAUGAGUGAAUGAGUCCUCACUACUACUCUGGGUGGAGGGAGAGGCCCCUUCCCAAAGUCUCAGAGAAGUAAAAGAACUGAGUUAACCUCCAGAGUGACCUGGGGGCAUUCGAACCCAGCUCAGCCUGGCUUAAAGAUCCCACAAGGUUGUCCUUAAGACAAUAUUUUCACUCUUCUCAAACAAUCUCAUGUGGCUGAUACCAUGAUGCCUACUUCCCAGGUGGGGAGACUGAGACUCAGAGGGGCAUCAGGGGCUUGAACUGUGCAUCCCCUCCCCCUCUUCUGUGCCUUGGUUUCCCCUCGGAUAAAAACAGCUCUCUCUUAAGUUCUGAUCUUUGGACUAGAAGGCUUCUCCAGUGGAAGGCAGGAGGAAAGGCAUCAACCACGGCACCCCAGAGGCCCCUGUGCCCAGCACCCAAUUCACACACAACCCAGUUUAGGAAGUCACUUCCCAUCUGAUCUUCCCAAUGGCCCUGAGGACCACACGGCUGUGAUCAGUCCCCAGGACCCCACGCUCCUCAUCGGCUCCUCCCUGCAGGCCACGUGCUCAGUGCACGGGGACCCACCAGGGGCCACCGCCGAGGGCCUCUACUGGACCCUCAACGGGCACCGCCUGCCCCCUGAGCUGUCCCGAAUGCUCAACGCCUCCACUCUAGCCCUUGCCCUGGCCAACCUCAACGGAUCCAGGCAGCAGUCGGGGGACAACCUCGUGUGCCAUGCCCGUGACGGCAGCAUCCUUGCCGGCUCCUGCCUCUAUGUUGGCCUUCCCCCAGAGAAACCCUUCAACAUCAGCUGUUGGUCCAAGAACAUGAAGGACCUGACAUGCCGCUGGACGCCGGGGGCCCACGGGGAAACCUUCCUCCACACCAACUACUCCCUCAAGUACAAGCUGAGGUGGUAUGGGCAGGACAACACAUGUGAGGAAUACCACACGGUGGGACCUCACUCUUGCCACAUCCCCAAGGACCUGGCUCUCUUCACACCCUAUGAGAUCUGGGUGGAGGCCACCAACCGGCUGGGCUCGGCCCGCUCUGAUGUGCUGACACUGGACAUCCUGGAUGUGGACAGGGACCAGCCAGGUCCAAAGAGAGCCCGGUGCCUAAGCCCCGCCCCGCCCCCCCUAGUGACCACCGACCCCCCGCCAGAAGUGCACGUGAGCCGCGUAGGGGGCCUGGAGGACCAGCUGAGCGUGCGCUGGGUUUCACCGCCUGCCCUCAAGGACUUCCUCUUCCAAGCCAAGUACCAGAUCCGCUACCGAGUGGAGGACAGCGUGGAUUGGAAGGUGGUGGACGACGUGAGCAACCAGACCUCCUGCCGCCUGGCGGGCCUUAAGCCAGGCACCGUCUACUUCGUGCAAGUGCGCUGCAACCCCUUUGGCAUCUAUGGCUCCAAGAAGGCAGGGAUCUGGAGCGAAUGGAGCCACCCCACGGCUGCCUCCACCCCCCGAAGUGAGCGCCCGGGCCCGGGCGGCGGGGCGUGCGAGCCGCGGGGCGGCGAGCCGAGCUCGGGGCCGGUGCGGCGCGAGCUCAAGCAGUUUCUGGGCUGGCUCAAGAAGCACGCGUACUGCUCGAACCUCAGCUUCCGCCUCUAUGACCAGUGGCGAGCCUGGAUGCAGAAGUCACAUAAGACCCGCAACCAGCACAGGACGAGGGGAUCCUGUCCUCGGGCAGACGGGGCGCGGCGAGAGGUCCUGCCAGAUAAGCUCUAGAGGCUGGGGCUGCCCUCCCUGCUGCAUGGAGACCCAGGGGCCACCCCCAGACUGGGGGCCACCUCUGUACCCUCACCUCAGGGUGCCCCAGCCCUCUCGGCAGCAGCUGGGGUGAGCACUCUGAGCUCCGAGGGCCACAGCAGCUCUGGCCUCCACGUGAGGUGCACCCCAGUGCGGGGAAUGUGUGUGAGGGGGGCUGAGCUUCCCAGAACGCCUGCCAGGGCUGGGGGUGAAAAAGGGUCAUUACUCCUCCCUACCCAGGACCACUCCAAAGAGUCUUUUUAAAUAAACAAACUAUUUAGGUGCCCUGACUGUGAAGGUGAGUUUGGGGCUAGAGUGGCCUAGGGUGGGGGCUGACGAGGAAUCCUGAUGACCCUUUGGGAUGGGAAUCUUGACCUCCCAGAAUCUAACUCUCUCCAUGAUCUGAAAUAUCUGGUUUCAAACUCCUUGGAGAGUGUGAUUCAAAACACCAGAGUUUUUACACUCAUGGAGUGGGGGAAUCUUGCACCUGCCACCCCUGGCUUUGUGGGAUCCCACCGCAGCACAGAGAGACAGUGGAGCAGCUGCAGACGAAAGGUUCUUUAGGUUCUUUAUUAUGAGAGGUGAGGCGAACUUGAAGAGGGUCAGUGGUCCGGUGGGGCAUGACCCCAGCCAGCUGGCAGUCAGGGCAGAGCGCUGUACACCCCAUUUCCCAUCUCCUCUGGCUUGUCCCUGGGGAGCCACCAUCACUCGGCAGAUUCUGCAUCAAACCUGAGAUCCUGGAGAACCUCACUGAUCGCUUCCAUGGUUUUAAUUACCCUACAAGAGUGGAUGGGAACUAUAAAUAAAAUCCAGAUGGGGCGAAUUAGCCGCCGCUGCGCAGCUCCGAAGGGGCUGUAGCCAGCCCCGGGCCCUCUUGCCUGCCGCCAAACCUCCAGGCAGCGCUAGCAGCCAGAAGGACCAUUUAGGUGCCUGGGAGGAUGGGUGGUCCCACGGGUCCCGAGUGGCAAGAGAAAAGGCCAUCUUGGGUGGGUGUGUGCCAUCAGGAAGGUGUGCAGGGUGACUGUGGCACAUGUCUAGUGGGUGUGCACACGUGUGCGCUUGGGGGGCCAAAGGAAGGAACGUGCAGGCGUGUGCCUGGUGGGGCCUGGGCGACCAUGUCCAAGCUCGGAGUUGAGCCAUGUGAGCAGGAUUGGUGUGUAUGAGGUGCGCAGCUGUGUCCUGGGAAUGCACAGCGAGUCUGGUGUGAAACUGCAUAGCCUGUGUGCUGAGGGAAUGUGUGUAGUACAUCUAGGAGUCACCAAGUGAGUACUCUGGCGUGCACACCCUAAGGGUCGUGUGCAGAUCUGCCCUUGCCAGCCCUGGGGCGCACCUGGCUGGGGGUGGGUGCCCAAGGGUGCAUGUGCAAAUCUAGCAUGGUCAGCCCACUGGGAGGCGGUGCUCACUUCAUCUUCAGCUGGUGCAUCUGCAGGUUGUCCUGCCCAGUCAGCUCUGGCGUCCCCAUCAGCUGCAGCAGGGCCACCUAGUUGGGGAAUAGGCAGCAAGGAGGAUGUCACAACUGGCAGAGGCCACCCCCUGCCCUCCCACAUAGUAGGGAGGAAGAGACACUGAAGCACCGGGAAAGGCAGCGCAAGGGUGGGGCCACAGCAGGCGCGAGUCUCAAGGGGCGGUACUUCGCGCAGAAGGAAUCUAGGAUUACGUUUAGGGGGGCUCCUGAGGAGAGGGGCCGAGUGGGCGGGCCCUAGAAUCAGUGCAGAGCGCAACAUGGGCAUGACCUCAUGUAGGCGGGGAAGGGGAACAGUGGUGCAAUCUCAGGCAGGGAUAGGUGGGCGGGGGCGGGGGUGGGGUGGGGUGGUUGGGUUGUGAGGGUUGUGAAGUAGGCGGAAUCUCAGGGACCAGCCGGGGAGUUACAAUCCCUAGACUGGGAUUGGGUCUCUAAAGCAGCGUGGCCUGGGAAUCCCAGCGUAGAGUGUGAUGUGGGCGUGGCUUCACGUGGAGUUGGCCUGGGAAUGGUAGUGUAUCUUGGUCAGGAUUGGCUGUAGAGGCAGAGUAGGCUGGGCCUUGGAUCCCUAGCGGGAGGAACAGAACCUAGGCUGGGAUCGAGGGUGUACCCGGAAGGGGACCUGGCCUGGAAAUCCAAGGCCCCCAAUCAGCAGGGAGUUGAGUACCUGUCCUGGGGCAU